AUGGCGGACCGCUACGUUGCUGCACACAAGUCACCCAAAGGACCUGGCGAUUCCCGCCCCACUGCCUUGCAAAUCAUUCAAGACGAGGGCUUGGAAGGCCAAUGGUCAGACAAGACUGCCUUCAUCACGGGCUGUUCGUCCGGCAUUGGCGUCGAGUCGGCCCGCGCUCUAUACAAAACAGGGGCAACUCUUUUCCUCACUGCGCGCAAUGUUGCUAAGGCCAAGUCUGCUCUGGGAGACGUAGCUCAAAGCCCGCGAGUAACGAUCUUGGAACUUGAUCUUGAAUCACUGGACAGUGUUCGAUCAUGUGCCAAGGACUUCCUGUCGCGCAGCAGCAAGCUGAACAUUCUCAUUUGCAACGCUGGCGUGAUGAUGCCGCCCGAGGGCCGUACAAAGGAUGGAUUCGAGACCCAGUUCGGCACCAACCACUUGAGUCACUUCUUGCUGAUCAACCUCCUUUUGCCGACAUUGAUCUCCUCCACAACUGCUCAAUUCCGCUCCCGCGUCGUCGUGUUGGCGUCCAUUGCCCACCGCUUUGGCGAGGUCAACUUUGACAACUACAACUUUGAGGGCAACUACGACGCCAUGGCGGCCUAUGCUGCCAGCAAGACCGCCAAUGUGUGGUGCGCCAACGAGAUCGAACGCCGCUUCAAGGACCAGGGCGUCCACGCCUGGAGCGUGCAGCCCGGCUCGGUCCUGACGGAUCUGACGCGGCACUUUUCCGACGAAGCCAAGGCCGGAUUUUCCAGUGACACGUACUUGGCGUCUAUUACAAAGAAUCCCGACCAGGGCGCUGCUACCAGCAUUUGGGCGGCCACGUCCAGUGCUCUAGAGGGACAGGGAGGCAAAUAUCUGGAGGACUGUCAAAUCAUUGGCAAAUGGGAUCCCAAAGUCGGCCAAUGGUCGCCUGGGUACGGCGAUCACACAUACGACGAAGCCAAGGCCCAGAAAUUGUGGGAUUUGUCUUUGAAGUUGGUCAAUCUUUAG